AGAGAAGAGAAAGUUUAGUAAUAGUUGAAUAAGGAUGCACUGGUGCGGACUGAAGAGCAGCGCGUGAGUGAGACCUGCAGUACUUCAACUGAGAGACGAUCAGUCCACAUGGACAGACUCAGUGAAGCAAGACGUUUCAAGUCGCAUUUAGUGUAUUUGUGAAUGGAAUGAACAGGUGAGGAUCAUCUGUCUGAAUUUAUCAAAUGUUCGUACCUGUGCGAGUUUUAAUGAAGUUUGGAUGAAGAUGAAGAACAGCGUAUUAAAGAUCUUCGCCAGGAGGAAAAUACAUAGAGCUUCCUGAACAACUAUUGCGCAUUUAAUAUUUUAGCGGUAUUUAGCGGACAGAUACGCACGCAACUGUGCAAAAUGCUCACAGUGCGUAAAAGUUUAUGGGUACGUUUAGCUGUGCUGCUGGCUGUCUGGAUAGAGCGCGCGAUCAGCUUCCCUGUGAGGCAUCACGAGAGACCCAGACACGGCGACUCCAUAGAGACACAUCCUCAGACAUUUUUGAGAGACAUUGACCAUAAUCGCUUGCACCAGCAGAACCAGAUCCAGAAUGAUUUGGCAGACCUACAUCCCCACCAACACAGGUGGCUCCAGCAUCGCUCAACAGGUGUCCUACCACAGCCUGAGCCCGAGGAAGCAUCAAAACCCUUUGUCCUAGACCUCAAAAACUUUCCAGACUUUGCAAAUGCUGACACUGGCUCCCAAAACCCGAAUAUUCAGGUGACCAUCGAGGUGUUGAAUGACCCACCCAUGGAAGUGGACAUGGACCUGGUUAAAGAAUGGAGUAAUGACUGGUCUACAUCUUCUCCCUCCUCUACUGUAGAAUGGCUGGGUGGGAAGAAGCUUUUCUGGCCUUUAUUUUGGGGCUACGCAGAUGUAGAUUCAGGUGAGGAUGGUACUGGCCAAGCAGUGAAGGAAGAGGAUGAUUAUGCACUGGAGUAUGACAGUGGGGAGCCCCUUCCUAGUGGGCUGGGCAAAACAGGUGGCAACUUGGAAAGCCCAUGGACUCAACGCCAUUAUGGAGAGAAAGAGGAAGAAUGGAGCGCAUGGAGUCCUUGUAGUGUCACUUGUGGCCACGGCAACCAGACCCGCUCACGUUCAUGUGGAGAUUUCUGCAUCUCCACCGAAUCCCAAAGCUGUGACCUUAUGCCAUGCCCAGAUGAUUGGAACAGUGUGGCUCGUGUCUUUCCAUUUGAGAUGGAAAAUGGUACAGAACCCUUUGGCACAGAUGUUGACAGUUGCGAGAAGUGGUUGAAUUGUAAGAGUGAGUUUCUCCAGCGUUACCUGCAGCAGGUAUUGACUGAAUUACCCAGCUGUCCGUGCACCUAUCCUUCAGAAGCCUUCAACAAUAUAGUCAGUCUGCUGGAUGCAGGACAUGAUCAGACCUUCCAAUGGAGGGAUGCAAGUGGGCCAAAAGAACGUCUGGAUAUCUACAAACCCUCGGCACACUCUUGCUUGCGUUCUGGCCUCUCAAGAGAUGGCACCACCCUGGCUGCCCAGCAUUGUUGCUAUGAUGACAACAAGCAUCUAAUUACAAGGGGCAAGGGUGCAGGUACCCCCAACCUAAUAAGCACGGCGUUCUCUCCAGAACUGCAUUUUAAGGUGGAUGUAUUGCCUUGGAUACUGUGCAAAGGAGACUGGAGCAGGUUUCAUGCCAUCCGCCCACCCAAUAAUGGCCUGCAUUGCACAGAGAAUCCCCAACAGGACAUUUUCAUGAAUGAAUUAGAGGAGGCCAGAGAAUAUUAAGUCACCAAAUUACUGUCCCUCCUCUGACACACCGUCCUGCUGUGGUGCUUAACCCAGCCAGCCGCAUGUAGAGCCAGUCUUAUGUUGUGGGACGCAUUGUCGUAACUGUGCUCGCAAAGCAUGGCCUCUAGCUUUUCUUAUGUUUGAAAUAUUGUGGAAAUUUUAAGAAAUGUUUAAAAAUGGAUUAUAAUCUAUUUAUAUAAUCUAUUAUAUAUCUAUCUGUUGAGAUAGAUUAUAAUCUGUAUCAGUGCCGUCUAAUGUAAAAUCUGGGUCCUGAAGCAAAAUGAGUUAAAAACCUCUGCUCUAUAGACUUACGGGGAUGUUUGAGAGUCAAUGGGCACACUUUCACUGCCAACUCAGGGGAAACCUUUCCAUAACAAUGUUCAUUUAGUUCUUUAUUAGUGUCAGAAUUUCAGAAAGGGAAAGAGCCAACAGACGUAAAGAGAAUAUUAUAAUGUGUAUAUUGUUCUAAUGUGAUACUUUAUAUAAUGCUUUUGUACAAUUUUGUUUAGUUGUUCUGCGAUUGUUCAUUUGCUGUGGUGUUAUUGCUGUUGCUUUUCAUUUGUUGUUGGGAACUGUUGCAAGGGAUACUUAAUAUUGCUCCAGACCUCUAAUUUGAAAUAUUGCUCUUAAGAGUGUGCAGACUGUGUACAGGUGCAUCUCAAUAAAUUAGA